GAGGCAUGCAGUAGCGCGUCUCUUGGUGAACAGCUUCAAUUAAUGACUGAUUGCGCAUGCAAUGAGCAACAAUCCAACACUUUUCAAGGACGGAAGCCAAGAAUCUCUAUUUCUUACAUUCCAAGAACAAAAUGGCACACUGACUGAUUGACGGACGGAGAACAAGGGCCUAGCUAGAGAGCAAAUGACAAUGAAGACGGGACUCACGAACCCAAGAACGUGCGAAGGUGGUUAAGGAAGGAUCAGCUAGCUGUUCAGGUGGAUGAGAGCCGACACGAGGGAGGCCAAAAGCGCCACACUGACAGCAGGGAGACACCUGCACACACCAACACAAGCUGGGUCAGCGCAAGAUCUUCUUCCUCUCUUCGUUUGGAUCUUUCUUGCUUACCUCCCCGCAGCGCCCCUAGCGCCCCUCUGGUUCUGGUCCCGGGGGGCGACGGUCCUGUGUGUCAUGAAUUACCAACCACCGAUGACCACAUGUAUACGAUGUGAGGGAAGAUGGUUUGCAUACAUAUCGACCAUAUACAGCUUACGGGCCGAGCCCUUCGGUAGUACCACCAGGAGGGGCGGAUGUCGAUGGGGAUGUCGAUGGCCUGGUCGAUGGCCUGCACGGCAGGCCACGAGACAGACGUUGCGUUCAUGAUGUAUGUAUGUAUGUGUGUAUGUGUGUAUGGGUGUGUGUCUCACUCACUCCAACAGCCCGCCUUCGGGGCCCCCUGGUUGAAGUCCGAUGUCGCAACCCUCGGGGCGGUCGCACCUGCCACACACAUCGAUCACACAUGUUGCUCCUGAUCUUCUCCUCCCACACAGAAGGUGUUUGUGCGUGUCUCUCGCUGACCCUUGUCCCUCCGUUCCCUCCGUGCCGCCUGCGCCGGUGCCUAGUACACUUGGAGCCGGGGUGAUACCUCCGGUGCCAGGUGCACUUGGUGCCGAUGUGACACCUGAUGGAGCAUCAGUUUGUGAUGGAGGCAAGCUGCAUACACGUCGACACACCAGAGGGUCGGGAGAAUCGAUCAACGAAGAUCUGUAGACGCUCUUUCUGCGCAUGUCUGGCUUACGGUGUGCUUGUGGUGGUGCUGGUAGGCUCUUCUGUGGUCGUCGUACGCUCUGCAGCAUUACACAGCACGAGACAAGGCCGCCAGUCCAUCGCCUUGCACCCCUUCAUUCGUGCCAGCUCACGUUUGAUGAUGACCGAUCCCACGCUGACGGAGAAGUCCCCCGGUGCGCCGCUCGCACAUGCCGCCUCUUUGCAGAAGCACAGCGAGUAAUCUCCCGCAUCUGUCGCCGGCAGUAGUGUGAAAGUGUAGAGCUUGUUUCCCACUGCCAAGUCUCUCUCCUUUGUCCCUUUGGCAGGGGCCGAUCCGCUGGCGAUGUUUCCGUCGUUGGAUGGGGAGCAUGGGGCGUCCACAAGGGCGACGUAGUAGUCGUCUGAGUCGCCAUACAUCUCCAAAGAGAAUUUCGGACAUGGCUCACCAGCGACACACUCGAUGGCCAGGUCAGUCGUAAGCGGCCCUGCAUGCAUUGAGUGUAUCCACAAUCACACACAAGGGACAAACAGGUGCUCGCGGCGCUGGCUGCAUCCUGACCAUAGUUUUCGAGCGUCCCGGCUGGCGUCUCGAAGCUCUGGGGCGACUUGGUGACAGUCUCCUCUGUGCAGGAGGACGCAGAACACCUAACCAUGAACCGACACAUGUACAAAUGAAAUGGCUUGAUGACAAUCGGCCUGUAGAACGCAUACCAACAGAGGUUGUAUCUUCCUGCCGGUAUGGGCUGCUUGAAGGUGUACACUGAUGUGGUUCUCAGUGCGGAACUAGAUGUGCGUGUCCCCUUUGCAUAUGUCGCUCGGAAAUCGUUGCUUGUCAGGUCAGAACUGCAUAUGCACAUUGAUCAGAUGACCCCGUGCCUCCCCGGGCUCCUUGCUGACCAUUCCUUCCCCUCAACAGCAAUGAUGAUAUCCCCGUCUUCCAGCGAGCCCACGUUCAUUGCCGUUAACGCAUACGAGCAAGGCUUCCCUGCCCAGCACGUCAGAGCCUCGAAAGGAUCGAAAGAAGGCUGAGCUCCUGACGAGCAGAACAUAUCAUAUCUGAAUGCCACGGAUAUUGCUUGCGGCAGAGCAGCUCAUUGGGCCGUGAUGAAAGCUGACCUGCGAGUCUGUUGUGGUAGGCGGCCAACAAUAGGGCCCACAAAAGCAGCAAGAGAGGGAAUGGUGACAUCAUUUUCUUGGGAGGGAAGGG